GCGCACCGGUAGAGGUUGCGCGCGGAGGAGGAUGAAGCUGUUCGGCUCGGCUUGGUGUUUUGAUCAGGUUUUAUUGUUCCGUUUAUCCCGGGGUUCCCAUAAGCUUUCAAACAAUUGGGUGAAUCGAACCAGCUCCAUUUGCACGCUCUGAGAUUGACUUAUGGGGACCGUUAGCCAUGGAUACAAAAGAUCAGCCAAACACGACUCAAGAGGAAGCAUCUCUACUCGAAGCCACAUCCUUCAACUGCUGCUUUCCAAUGAAUGAUGAGAACCUCUUGAACCUGGACGACAGCACGAAGCUGGUCGGAGUUCAGGUCAUUCUCAUCCUGGCCUACAGCACCAUCAUCUUGUUCGGAGUCACCGGAAACUCCUUGGUGAUUUAUGUCGUGUACAAGUUCAAAAACCUGCGGACCGUUACAAACUUCUUCAUCGUGAACUUGGCGGUGGCCGACUUGCUGGUCAACACGCUCUGCUUACCCUUCACCCUCGUCUACACGCUCUACGACGAGUGGAUGUUCGGCCAGGUUCUGUGCUUCACGCUGCCCUUCGCCCAGGGCAUGACGGUGCACGUCUCCACCAUGACGCUGAACAUCAUCGCUCUGGAUCGCCACAGGAGCAUCGUCCAGCACAUGGAGACCAAGAUGUCCAAGGACUUGUGCGCAGCAGUCAUCGUCUUCUCGUGGGCCAUCAGCGCCUUGCUGGCCAGUCCGCUGGCCAUUUUCAGGGAGUACGGUUCUUACAGCUUCUCCCCGGAUGAAUCCAUCCAGGUGUGCACAGAAAAGUGGCCGGAAAGCAGCAUGAACGGACGCAUCUACAGCAUGUCGAUGCUUCUGGUUCAAGUCGGCGUGCCUUUGGUUAUUAAUUCUGUUGCGUACAUUCGCAUUUGGAACACGCUGAAGAAACACAUGACGUGCGGUCGGAACGACCAUCAGCGGAGAAAGAAGACCACCAAGAUGAUGCUGACCAUGGUGGUGGUCUUUGCCGUGAGCUGGUUGCCUUUCCACGCCUUUCAGCUGGCGAUCGACAUCGACAGCGCUGUGCUGCACAUGAAGGACUUCAAGCUGCUCUUCACCGUGUUCCACAUCAUAGCCAUGUGCUCGACUUGUGUGAAUCCCAUCCUGUACGGGUGGAUGAACAACAACUACAGGACGGCCUUUUUAUCGGUGGCCAAAUGUUACCGGCCCUUAGGGGUGAGAUACAGGUGCUCGAAAGAUGGAGAGAAAGAGAAGGAUGAAGACAGGGUUUGUUCGGACUUCAAAUCAACAAAUGUUUAACUUGAAAAUCAAACAAGACUGUCUGAAAAUCACUUUUUUGGUGUGGAGUUUCUGCCUUUUCAAAAUAAAAAAUGAGAUGUUCCUUCAAACAAUAUUGUAAAACUCCUUUAAAAACUAAGCUUUUAGUUCUAUUACAAUAA